CUCUCGUUAUAAUAUGUGAAACCUGGAUGCACUAAACCUCUCACUUCGUGUCUGCUUAUGCGUAUAGCGAAGCAUCCGCGAGACUGCGACAGAUCUAAGGGAAGAUAUACAUAUAUACUGGUAUACACCCUAAUAUAUACUCUGUAUUUAUUAUCCACACAUAUUGAUAUAUAUAUAUAUAUAUAUAUACUCCUAUCAUAUUAUACUUUUGCUUAUCUCUGUUUCAUUGAGCGAAAGUUAGGAUGGGUAGCAGAGGGGGCAGUAAGAAUGGCGGCGCCGGCGGAGUGGCAACGAUUCCUUCAGGAUCGCGAAAGAUGGUGGAUAGUUUGAAGGAGAUAGUGAAGAACUAUCCAGAGUCUGAGAUCUACGCCGCUCUUAAAGAGUGUAAUAUGGACCCUAACGAAGCCGUCAACCGGCUUCUCUCUCAAGAUCCUUUUCAUGAGGUGAAGAGCAAACGAGAUAAAAGAAAAGAGAAUAAGGAUUUCACUGAAUCUAGGCCACGUGGUGCCAGUAAUUAUGGCCGUGGGGGUAAAGGAAGUGCAGAUCGCUUUUCCGGGCGUGCGGGUUCAGACUCAACAUUACAUGAAAAAUCUACCUCUGCCUACAAGGAGAACGGAUUCACUACAAUUAAAUCAUCUAAAAUUGCUGGGGGUGUUUCAAGUAGGCGUCUGCCUUCUAUCAAUGAUGCUGUUGAUACUGAGACCAAAAAGCCAGUUGAUAUGGCAGCUGAUGAUGUUCCAGCAGCUCCACAACAUUCAUCUGGAAACCAGUCUGCUUGGGUAAGUGUCCCAGGGCAAAUGUCAAUGGCUGAUAUUGUUAAGAUGGGUAGGCCGCAAAAUAAGGCUCCACAUGUUCCAAGUAGUGAAUCAUGGCAACCGGUCAGUGCCAGUCACAAAUUUGCUCCAAGGCCUUCAUCUGGAGCUCAACAUGAUGACUGGCCUCUAAUUGAGCAGCCAUCAGCAGCUGCUAGAAGUUCUUCUAUCUCAGAUCCUCUCACUUCACAGCUGCAUCCGGAUUCCUCUAAUACAGACUUGAAUAGAAGUAACCAACAGCAUUCACAUUUAGAUGAGGUUCCAGAAGCAGUAGAAAGUGGCAUUAAUGGUGACAGUCCUGUGGUGCCCGGGUUUCUUCAGAAUAGGAAUUUGCUGGAGGAUACAUCUGGAGGUGUAGACAGUGAUCAUGGUAGAUACCAGCCUCCACUUUAUCAUGGCGUUGAUGGGAAUGAAAUUGAGGAUGCUGAUACCUCAGUAUCAUUAGCUACUGCCAACAUGCAUCAACUCACUAUGGAGGAGGGGAUAGAGGAGGAGGUAGAGGACGAGGACGAGGAGGAGCAAGGUGUGUCACCUGAAAGGGACGGACCUUCUGUAGUCAUUCCACAGCACCUACAAGUUCAUGCUGCAGACUGCUUGCACCUUAACUUUGGCAGCUUUGGACCUGCAAUUAGUGCUACAAUUCCUGGGGAUUUAACAUCUGCUCCUAAUGCAGAGACACAUGUGGAAGACACAUCUAUAGAUUCAGAUGCUCCGCCAGUUGGGCAUUUGACCAACGGAAGUUCUGAAUACUAUGGUGAUGAAGAUCUGAGGAAUGCACCAGAUGAUAUUCUAUUCCCUAGGACUGAAGCUGUUUCUGGGAAUUAUGAGUCACCUUCUGAUUCACAACCGGAUACACUGAAAGUGGAACAUUCUGAAGUAGCAGCACAUGAUAGUCAGUACAGCUUUCAAUCAAAUACUCCUGCUGGUUAUACUUAUGAGAAUUCUCAACCAUCUAAUGUGGCAUUUAGUCAAUCUCAAACAAGUUCCCAUAUACAAAAUCUUGAUACCUAUACAAAUUCCACGGGAUACACUGCUCCCUUACCAAGCAAUUUGUUGUCAGCAAAUGCUCAUGCUGGUAGAGAGCCUGAACAUUCUUACUUGCCAUUUUCUUCACAAGCAAUGCCCCCAAAGUAUGGAAACUCAGUUUCUGGGGUUGGUGGCCCUACGAAUUCCAUGCCAGAGGCUUUGAAAACUAUUGCUUUUCCGUCAACACAUCCCUCACAACAGACCCUUAAUGGGACCAACAUUGCCACGGGGCCCGCACUUCAUCAACACCUUGCUUUGCAUCCAUAUUCUCAAACAACUCUUCCUGUGGGACCUUAUGCAAACAUAAUCAGUUACCCUUUUCUGCCACAGAGUUAUGCGUACAUGCCUCCUGGUUUCCAACAACAAUCCUUUGCUGCUGGUAAUAGUACUUACCAACAAUCUCUGGCAGCGAUGCUCCCACAGUACAAGAAUAGUGUGUCGGUUAGUAGUUUGCCUCCCUCUGCUGGCAGUGUUGCUUCUGGAUAUGGUGGUGCCUUCGGGAAUACCGGUGGCACGAUUCAUGGAAGCUUCCCGUUGAAUCCUUCUACUGCUACUAGUACCUCUCUGGGUAUUGAUGAUGGGCUAAGUUCUCGGUACAAGGACAUCAAUCAGUUAUUGUCUCUUCAACAGGGUGACAAUGCAGGCAUGUGGCUCCAUGGACAUGGUUCAAGAACAAUGUCUGCACCUCCAGCCAAUCCAUACUACACCCUUCAGGGGCACAAUCAGCAAGCCAGUGGGUUCCGUCACGUUCCACAGCAGUCAUCUCAGAAUCACGCGUUGGGAUACCACCCAAACUUCUACCAUUCUCAAGCUGGAAUCUCGUUGGAUCAUCUUCACCAGCAGCAGCAGAACCCUAGAGACGGUUCUUUGGCAGGAGCUCAAGUCCAGCCGAAGCCAUCCUCCCAGCAACAGCUGUGGCAAAACAGCUACUAAUCUUUUAAUUUCCCUCUCCUCCCUUCUAGUGCCUCUCAGAUUUUUCAGGGUCUUGUAAUGAUAAUGAAAGCUGCCUUUCGAGCAAGUUUGGCUAUGCCAAUAAUUUAUGUUCCCAGGCGUGCCAAAGCUCAGAUGGCUGCUACCCUGUACUUUUUGUUAUUUACUUUUUCUCUUCAUAUCAUAAUCAGUUAAUGUAGCUAUUAGAGACACAUUUGGCUUUAGUAGGAAUCUUUGUGCUUGAGUUUUUCAACUUCCCCCCUCACCCAGUGUAAUGCCACCCCAUCCCACUUUAACUUAUAUCUAUAGAUAUUGCCAUAUUGAUCUGUUAUAUGAAAUUUGUCAAUGUCAAAUUUGGAUUGACA